ACUUAAAAUUUGUUGUAGCAACCAACAACAAAACAAAAUCACCUUUUAUUAUUUACCAUUAACACAACAAGCACCACAAUAUAUAUUAAUAAAACAAAACCAGUAAUAUUUCAAGUCAGUGUCUGCAUGUGCAGUAUCUUUCAGCCAAUGACAAAAGCAGCAACUCGAGCUAAAAAUAUUCAACUUGUCAGUAAACCUAUGACUUCAACACUGCUCUCAUCUGGGCAUUAUAUGCCACUGUUGGGGUUGGGUACUUGGCAGUCUUCGCCUGGAGAAGUUGAGCAGGCUGUGGUUUCUGCUCUCGACGCUGGAUACAGACACAUUGACACUGCAACUUUAUACAAAAAUGAAAAAGAAAUUGGAAAUGCCAUUCAAAGUUGGUUAAAGAAGGGAGGCAAAAGGGAGGACUUAUUCAUAACGACCAAGCUACCUCACAUUGGUAACAGGCCAAGUGAUGUGGAUACAUAUGUGACAAAUUCUCUGAGGAACCUACAAGUGGAUUAUCUGGACCUGUACUUGAUGCACAUGCCCUUCACAUUCAAACCUGAUCUCAGUGGCGAAGCUCCCGCUAAGAACCUGGAUGGGACCUUCGUGUUGGAGGAUACUGAUCACAUUGCUAUUUGGAGGGUGCGAAAUGGAGAGAAAUUAGUAAAGAGUGGUCUUAUCAGGUCGAUUGGAGUUUCCAACUUCAACGGUGAUCAGUUGGAAAACAUUAUUAAAAAUGCAGAGAUACUGCCCUCCAACCUACAGGUUGAGCUUCAUGUAGCAUUACAGCAGCCUGGACUACAGAAAUUAUGUAAGAAAUACAACGUCACAAUGACUGCUUACUCACCUCUUGGUUCUCCUGGUGCUAAGGAACACUUCAAGAACAAAUAUGGAAAAGAUGACAUGGAUUUCCCGGACAUCCUAAAUGAUUCAACAGUUACUGACAUUGCUGCUAAGUUGAACCGCACACCAGCUCAAGUACUGCUUAAUUUCUUGAUUCUACAAAACAUAGCAGUAAUACCUAAAAGUGUUAAUCCACAAAGAAUACAAGAAAACUCUCAGAUUUUUGACUUUGAAUUAUCAGCAGAUGACAUAGAAAAAUUAAGAAAACUUGAUAGGGGCCAAAAAGGACGAAUCGUCAACUUCUUAUUUUUUAGUGGUGUGGAGAAACAUUCGGAAUAUCCAUUCCGUAGUGAGCUGUGACUACUGAAGACGGUACAACAUCUUGCGUUGCAUGCGAUGCUGCAGUUCUCCUCGUCUAAUCAUCGUAUGGAUCACUUUGUAGAUUGCACGCUCUGGGUAUUUCUGUAAAUUUUCAGUUUCCAUUAUCAAAUUUGUGAUGAAAUAAAUUUCUUUUAGAAAUAUUAA